AUGGCGGAUCCCAGCGAAGGCCCCCGCGCGGGGCCUGGGGAGGUAGCUGAGCCCCCCGGGGAUGAGAGUGGCAUCCCCGGUGGGGAGGCCUUCCCCCUCUCUUCGCUGGCCAACCUGUUCGAGGGGGAGGACGGCUCCCCGUCGCCCUCUCCGGCUGACAGUGGUCGCCCCGCCGGCCCAGGCGAUGGGCGACCAAACCUGCGCAUGAAGUUCCAGGGCGCCUUCCGCAAGGGGGUGCCCAACCCCAUCGACCUGCUGGAGUCCACCUUGUAUGAGUCCUCAGUGGUGCCUGGGCCCAAGAAGGCGCCCAUGGACUCGCUCUUUGACUAUGGCACCUAUCGCCAGCACCCCAGUGACAAGCGGUGGAGGAGGAAGGUCAUAGAGAAGCAGCCACAGAGCUCCAAAGCUCCCCCGCCCCAGCCGCCUCCCAUACUCAAAGUCUUCAACCGGCCUAUCCUCUUUGACAUCGUGUCUCGGGGCUCCACCGCUGACCUGGACGGGUUGCUCCCCUUCUUGCUGACCCACAAGAAGCGGCUGACUGACGAGGAGUUCCGGGAGCCAUCCACGGGGAAGACCUGCCUGCCCAAAGCCCUGCUGAAUCUGAGCAACGGCCGCAACGACACAAUCCCUGUGCUUCUGGACAUCGCUGAGCGCACGGGCAACAUGCGCGAAUUCAUCAACUCGCCCUUCCGGGACAUCUACUACCGAGGCCAGACCGCCCUGCACAUCGCCAUCGAGCGCCGCUGCAAACACUACGUGGAGCUUCUGGUGGCCCAAGGUGCCGAUGUUCACGCCCAGGCCCGGGGCCGCUUCUUCCAGCCCAAGGAUGAGGGAGGCUACUUCUACUUUGGUGAGCUGCCCCUGUCGCUGGCGGCCUGCACCAACCAGCCCCACAUCGUCAACUACCUGACAGAGAACCCGCACAAGAAGGCGGACAUGCGGCGCCAGGACUCCCGUGGCAACACAGUGCUGCACGCACUGGUGGCCAUCGCUGACAACACUCGCGAGAACACCAAGUUCGUCACCAAGAUGUACGACCUGCUGCUGCUCAAGUGUGCCCGCCUCUUCCCCGACAGCAACCUGGAGGCCGUGCUCAACAACGACGGCCUCUCGCCCCUCAUGAUGGCCGCCAAGACGGGCAAGAUUGGGAUCUUUCAGCACAUCAUCCGUCGGGAGGUGACAGACGAGGACACCAGGCAUCUGUCCCGCAAGUUCAAGGACUGGGCCUAUGGGCCAGUGUAUUCCUCACUCUAUGACCUCUCCUCCCUGGACACGUGUGGGGAAGAGGCCUCUGUGCUGGAGAUCCUGGUGUACAACAGCAAGAUCGAGAAUCGCCACGAGAUGCUGGCCGUGGAACCCAUCAAUGAACUACUUCGGGACAAGUGGCGAAAGUUUGGGGCCGUUUCCUUCUACAUCAACGUGGCCUCCUAUCUGUGCGCCAUGGUCAUCUUUACCCUCACCGCCUACUACCAGCCGCUGGAGGGCACUCCGCCAUACCCUUACCUCACCACGGUGGACUACCUGAGGCUGGCCGGCGAGAUCAUCACGCUCUUCACCGGGGUCCUGUUCUUUUUCACCAACAUCAAAGACUUGUUCAUGAAGAAAUGCCCUGGAGUGAAUUCUCUCUUCAUCGAUGGCUCCUUCCAACUACUCUACUUCAUCUACUCUGUGCUGGUGAUUGUCUCGGCGGCCCUCUACCUGGCAGGGAUUGAGGCCUACCUGGCCGUCAUGGUCUUUGCCUUGGUCCUGGGCUGGAUGAACGCCCUUUACUUCACCCGUGGGCUGAAGCUGACGGGGACCUAUAGCAUCAUGAUCCAGAAGAUCCUCUUCAAAGAUCUUUUCCGCUUCCUGCUGGUCUACUUGCUCUUCAUGAUUGGCUACGCUUCAGCCCUGGUCUCCCUCCUGAACCCGUGUGCCAAUGUGAAGAUGUGCAGCGAGGACCACACCAACUGCACCGUGCCCACGUACCCCUCGUGCCGUGACAGCGAGACCUUCAGCACCUUCCUCCUGGACCUCUUCAAGCUGACCAUCGGCAUGGGCGACCUGGAGAUGCUGAGCAGCACCAAAUACCCUGCGGUCUUCAUCACCCUGCUCGUCACCUACAUCAUCCUCACGUUUGUGCUGCUCCUCAACAUGCUCAUUGCCCUCAUGGGGGAGACGGUGGGCCAGGUGUCCAAGGAGAGCAAGCACAUCUGGAAGCUGCAGUGGGCCACCACCAUUCUGGACAUUGAGCGCUCCUUCCCUGUGUUCCUGAGGAAGGCCUUCCGCUCCGGCGAGAUGGUGACCGUGGGCAAGAGCUCAGACGGCACUCCAGACCGCAGGUGGUGCUUCAGGGUGGAUGAGGUAAACUGGUCUCACUGGAACCAGAACUUGGGCAUCAUUAACGAGGACCCCGGCAAGAACGAGAACUACCAGUAUUACGGCUUCUCGCACACCGUGGGCCGCCUCCGAAGGGAUCGCUGGUCCUCGGUGGUGCCCCGCGUGGUGGAGCUGAACAAGAACUCGAACCCGGACGAGGUGGUGGUGCCUCUGGACAACGUGGGUAACCCCAGCUGUGACGGCCACCAGCAGAGUUAUCCCCCCAGGUGGAGGACUGACGACGCCCCCCUCUAGGGGCUGCAGGCAGGAGUAGGGUCCCUUCCACCGCCCAUUUCUAGUCCACCCGCAUUUCAGCGGCGCCUCCUGGGGUGUCCCCCGCACCCUUGUUCGACCCCCAGAGGUGAGGGCCAGGUGGAGAUGCCGGGGAGGUCCCAGGACCCUCUGGUCCCCAGGCUCCUGCCUCCAGCCCCACCUCCCCACCCGGGCACGAGGCUCCUGGCCGCCUGUCUCACUCCCAUGGAGUCACAUAAGCAACACCAGUUUCUCCGCCCACCAGGGCUCAGACCCUGGCCUCUCCAUUAUUUAUUUGCUCUGUUCUCAGGAAAGUGGCACAACCUCCACCCCCAACCGGAGCCUGGCAGAGGCCUCAGGCCGCCGUCCCAGGUGCACUGCCGCCGGCUAAGCCCCCGGCCCCGCCCCACGCUGUGGCCCCACAGGCCACCCUGGGCUGAAGUCACUUUCUCCGGUUAGCUGGAACAGGCUACAACAGCCAGCCACCUGGGCUCCUGGACACGUGGCUGCCCGUGCCCCCGGCUCGGCCACCUGCCUGACCUCAGGUCCUAGAGAGAUAAGUUGAUUCUACAGUCCAGACAGAAAACUAAUGGAACAGCCAAGGAAUUUCUGCAUAAGAGGAUGGUGAAUAAGAAGCACCAGCAAAUAUUAAAAUGUUUUAUACACAUGCUUACAGCAUGGAUGAACCUUGGAACACUAUGCAGAGAGAAAGAAGCCAGUCACAAAAGGCCACAUACUGUAUGAGUCCCUUCCUAGCAAAGUCCGAAACAGGGGAAUCUAUAGAGAAGGGAGGAGCCAGGGGGAUGAGGGAGUGGGUAAGGGAUUUCUUCUGAGGUGAUUA